AUGGUGGAGCGAUGGCCAUGCCCUAAGCUUGUGAUCUCCACCAACUCCAAAAGUCCAGCUAUAAAACGGCAGAAAAAGAAAUUCCGAAGCAACUGCCAGUCAGCAAUCAUCGUCAGCUCAGCUCAACCUCGGAGGAAACGUCCCCGGAACGAAGUAGCAAUUCAGCAGGCGGAGGCCGACUCUUUCCCCCCGUCUCCCGGUUUCUAUUUCCGUCCCCAACCACCCGCGACCCCCGCUUUCCAUGGCCGCCGCGGCCGGAUGAUGUCUAGAAAGCCGCUCCUCCCCUGCCGCGGGCCCGCAGCCACCCCUCCCGCCCAGCUCCUCCUCCCAAUCCGCCGCCUCCUCCUCCUCCCCCUCCCCCGCCGCCGCUCCUCCCCGCCGCCGCCGCCGCUCGACCGACGGAGGCCCGCCAUGGCCGGCGCUGGCCAGUCCGCGGCCCCCGCGGCGGCGGCGGCGGCCGGCGCCGGGGCCACCUCCUUCCAUGUCGGCAUGGUGCGGGUCGUCUCGUUCCUCGUCGGCGGCCUCAACUGCGCGGUGCUGCUGCUUGGCCUCUACCUCAUCGACGCCGCGCUCCCGCCCGGCUGCGGCUGGGGCCUCGCGCUCGCCGCCAUGCCCGCUAUGGCCGCGGUCCGGGUGCUCGCCAUGCUCGGCGCCGCGCGGGCCCAGCACGCCACUGCGGACGCCAUUGCUCGCCGCCACCUCGACGAGGCCGCCGCCUCCGUUGCCGAGGACGCCGUGGCCCGCCACGAGAUCAGGGUGAGGUAUAAGCGCUGGUUGUGGUGGACUAGAUUUGGUAUGGCUGUUGGUGCAUUGCAGCUGGUUGGGGCAAUAUAUCUCAUGUUUGUCAUUGUGAGUGAUCUUCCCAACGAAAGAAGACCCACGUCCUGUUUCUUUGCACAGGAUGGAGCUGAGCGGGUCUCCAGACGAGCAUUAAUUGCUUUGUUUCUUAUCCUUUCCUGGGUUGUGGUCGUCCUUCAGUGCUUCAUGGGUUCUGAUGUAUUGAGAUGGCGGUCAUUCUAUGCGACACAUGAUAUGGCAUGGAAAGCUCAUUACAGGGAAGUGUUUGAUCAUGGAAUUCGUGAGGCUUUGUGCUGCCUAGGACGUGCAAAGUAUCUAGCCGUAUUGGAAGAAGAUGAGGUAUAUUCUGUGGCAAGACUUCUGGGUGAAUUGGUUGCAUAUCGUGCUUCUGGGACUGGCCAUUUGGAACUGUUAGCAGGGCUUGCUCUAUUGCAGAAGCAUGGGAAUUUGCCUGAUUUGCAAACUGACCUUGUGGAGGCACCUCAUACGCUUAUGCGAGAAGCUGCUGUUCUCCAUCCUUUUGCUGAAGCAUGUUACACGGGGCCACUUCUUGAUGUCGGAAGAAACCCCAUUUUGUUUCCAUGCGCAUGGGUUUAUCGACAAGGCGUUUUAACUCCAUGGGCGCGCCUAAGGCGUCCUGCACUUGAUGGUGAUAACUGGUGGCGAGGGCAUGCUGCAGCUUUCCUUAGAUUUGUUAAUAUAGCACCUACAGCACUUGUUCGAGGCCGUGUUCGUCAGAGCAAGCGUGAAGCCGCUUACUUUGUUGUGGUCCUCCAUGACAAAAAAACUGUUCUUAUUGGGGUGCGUGGGACAGAAACACCAGAGGAUCUCAUAACCGAUGGACUAUGCAGAGAAUGUGCUUUCACUAUGGAAGAUUUGGAUGGACUAGUAAAUAGUGAACUAUUACCUGUAACUACGAGGGAGAAAGUUAUUUCUACAUUCCCGCACUAUGGACAUGGUGGAAUUGUAGAGGCUGCUCGGGAGCUUUUCAUGCAACUCAACGACUGCACAGGAGAUAAUGGCAACUCAGAAAACACGUCCUCCAAAAAAUUUGGAUUUCUGUCUACGCUAGUCCAGGAGGGCAGUGAGUGUCAUGGAUAUAAAAUUCGUGUCGUUGGACAUUCUUUAGGAGGCGCUGUUGCUACAGUCCUAGGAAUGAUGCUUUUUGGCAGAUACCCAGAUGUGCAUGUGUAUGCUUAUGGCCCACUUCCUUGUGUGGAUUUGAUAAUAGCUGAAGCCUGUUCACAGUUUGUUACCACCAUUGUAAACAACGACGAAUUUUCUUCUCGCCUUUCAAUCAACUCAAUCCUCAGACUACGAUCUGCUGCAAUAAGUACUCUUUCAGAUAACUCCCCAGAUGAUACAGCAAUGAUACAAAAACUUGCUCGCAGAAUUUUGAAUGCAAACAAGUAUCAUGAAAGGCGGUCUCCACACCAGGAUGCAUUAUGCAAUACUGAGCCAGACCUUCAAGAUUUGCAAAAUGGCUUGGGUGCCUACAAUGGACCCAGUUCAUCCAUAGAUGAGCCCAGAAGCUAUCGAAGCCUACAAAUUGAUCAGGAUGUCCGGAGGAUUCCACUUGAUGGGCAUGAUUCCGGUUUGGAAGAGGCUCAGACAUCUUCUGGGGAAAUACUAGUCGAGUCUCGAGAGAUGUUUCUUGCAGGCUUAAUUAUUCAUGUUGUGCGGAACAGAAGAAGCCUCUUUCCUCUUUGGAAAUGCUGGAACCCUCAGGAAGCUGAACAACCAUAUAAAGCUGUUUUUGCGAAAAGAGAGAACUUCAGGGAUAUUGCUGUUACUCCUUCUAUGUUCAUGGAUCACUUACCAUGGAGGUGUCGGUUUGCUAUGCAGAGAACUCUGGAAGGCCAACCGUCACAGCGUUUAGCUAAUUCUGAUUCACCUGUACAACAUUUGGUCUGA